AUGGGAGCAUACAGACCAAGAGUCGACCCAGGAGAGGUCUUAGACCAAUUCCAAGGGUCGCCCAGAAUUGAAGAGUUGGCAGACAAGACUGGGGGCAUCGAUAGCACCAACGGCUCGAUCCCCAAUCUUACCGACUCGGAUCUUUUACUGGACCCAAUCUCCACAACUACAGGAACCACACCAAGUGCAAACACCCCUUCUUCAAAUGGGCUAUAUUCAUUCCCAACUUCAGACUUUCCGCCGUUAGCUGAUGGUUCUCACACCGGAGACCAGAUCCGGCCCAGCCCGCUUGUCACCUCACCGCAAUCGUCUAUUUCGGUGAAGCCAGACGCACAUCACAUGGGACCAUAUGCAAAUGGUAUUAACGGACAAAACUACGCGAUUUCCAAAUACAAUCAUCCAGCCCAAUUGCCGUACUACGAGGGUCCUCAAGUAGUCCCUUCUGCAUCCAAUACCAAUGGGAAAUCAUUGCAAUUCAAAAAGCCCAAGCCGAAGAAGUUACAAAACCAAAUGACAGGUCCUCCGAAGCGUCCGGCGUUUGUCAUGAAGCUUUGGAACAUGGUGAACGAUUCCCAGAAUGCAAAGUAUAUCUCCUGGUUACCGGAUGGUAAGGCUUUCCAAGUGAGCGAUCGUGAAAGCUUCAUGAGACAUGUUUUGCCCAAAUACUUCAAGCAUAAUAAUUUCGCCUCGUUUGUCAGACAAUUGAACAUGUACGGAUGGCACAAGAUCCAGGACGUGAAUUCUGGGUCUUUGGCCCAGUCCGAAGAGGUUUGGCAGUUUGAGAACCCCAACUUUAUCAGAGGAAAAGAAAACUUGCUCGACAAUAUUGUGAGAAAUAGAUCGUCCAAAGACGAUGAGGACGAGGUCGAUAUCGGCACAUUGAUGGCAGAAUUAGAGACAAUGAAGCAGAAACAAAGAAUGAUUGCCGACGACCUUAGACGACUUGUUCAGGACAACGAGUUGCUAUGGAAAGAGAACUUUGUGGCUAGAGAAAGACACAAGGCUCAAUCGGAAACGCUGGACAAGAUCCUGCGGUUCUUGGCUACUUUGUACGGUGGCUCUUCAAGAUUUCUUGAAGGCAACAACGGGCCUAACGAGUUUCUCGAUAUGGCAACCAAGAGACAGAUGAGCGAGCAACGGCCUCAAAGGCCUUCCGACUACGAUUUGCAGCAGCAGCAGCAUAUGGCCCAGCAGCAGGGCCAGUACUAUCAACCACAGAACGGAAAUAGUGUGUUGAUGCUUACCAAUAGAGCGCACAACGGUUCGAAAUCGUCUUCCAGCAGAGACACUCCAAACAGCCAGAUGAUGCAAGGGGGUUCUGACGCUGAUGAGUCUCCGAUCCAGGAGAUCCGGAGAGGACCGGAGAACCGCAAUCUGGAGCAGUACGACGCUUUUAAACCGUACUCGGGACAGGCCACUCCUCAAUUUGGUGGGGCUGCCACGAACUUCCAGUCUCCUACUUCUCUUGUGAACUCUCCUCGUUCAUACUUCCCAGAGAUCAACCAUCAGACCCAAAGAGCACCAGGCAGCCAGCCAAUGCGUUCUUCUGUUAACGGUUCGUCUGCCACUCCUUUAGGAGCUGAACCAGAUGCCGGCAACUCGGACUAUCUGGUUGGUAACAUCAAUCAGCAACUGGCUAAACAACAAAACUCAAUUAAACAAAUUAACGACUGGAUUACCAAAUUGACGAACAAUUCUAAAAUCGCCGACGAUACCAUCGCUAACCCACAACUUAUGGAUGACUUCAGAAUGGACGAUUUCUUACUUCCCCAAACUCCAAACGGCGGAGUGGACGCAACGAUUUCUACUGACGAUAAAUUUGGCGAUUUGUACGAUCAAUUACAGCCCAAUUCUAACGAGAGAUACGUGGACUCCACAAUUCCACGGCCGAGCCCUACCAACUCCAUUUCCAGCAGAAAAAGAAAGGAUAGUUUACCUGCCGCGGAGGAGACCAAAAGAGUGAAACAAGUCUAG